AUGUACUGGCACCUUCCCCAUGACUGGCCUAGCUGUUGGAAGGGAUUUCUGUUCACAGCCACAAUCCUCACCUCUUCCAUGCAGCUAGUUUCUUUGGCCAAACUGAGCAUAGCACCCAUUCCGUCCUAUGGGUCAAUCGGAAGCAACGUCACUCUGUCUGUCCAUGGGAUCCCAAAGGAUCCUCAGACUUAUUCCUGGUUCCGGCAGAUGAUGGAGGAAUCCAACAAGAUUGUUAGCUAUGCAGUCCGUUCGGGAGAGCAGACUCGAGGACUCAACCACACUGGUCGGGAGAGCAUUUUCCCAAACGGCUCCCUAUUUAUCAUCAAUCUUACUUCUAACGAUAGUGGUGUUUACAUUAUACAAGUCGCCAUCACAGAUUUGAAGCCAGUAUUGGGACGGGGGCGUUUGCAAAUCAAUGAUUCUUCUAAGACCUCCCACUUUGGGUUAGUCGCCAGCAUUGUUCUCGGAGCCCUGGCUGGUGGGGUCGUCAUGGGUGUCCUGGGCUAUUUCCUCUUCAAGCAGACUCGAGGGCCUUCACCGAGCAAGAGGGGAGAUUCUGCCCGAAGACAAAGGAAUCAUCCUGUAAACCAGAAUAAUGGUGGAGAAGAUAUCAUGUGUGAAAAUCAGUGGUAUCAAGGUAUGACCCUGACUGACCAGGAUGAAGGCUUGUCUUCCAUUUCCUCUCCAGAGAUAUUGGAGGCCCCCCACCAGGCACUGGACAUCAGCAAAAUGGAUGUUUAUGAUGAGGUCAUGGUCUGGCCAACAGUCCAGGCCCCCAGGGGAGAGGAGAGACCCCCAAGAUGA